UCAGAGUCGCAGGUCAGAAAACAACAGUGACAACACGAGAACAGAGAGCCUGCUCAAAAUGGCAUUCAAGAAGCCAGCCGUCGCCAUCGCUUCCCUUCUCCUGCUGCUCCUCAUCGCAUCCGGCGCCACUGCAGCGAGGCCAACGCGCCAGCUGAAUUCCGGUGAUAACGUCGACACCGGUGCUACUCCCGCUGCAGCACCGGCAGUGGCGCCCGGGGCAGCAGUCGCACCGAUCGCUGCCAAUGCCAUCCCAGCUGCGGCAGGAGCGGCCGGUGCGGUGGUGUCUGGUGGCGCUGCGACCGCUCCGAUCGCCGCCAGCACUAUCCCGGUGGUGUCAGGGGCGGCGGGAGCGAACCCCGCGGGCGGCGACCACCCGAUGAUCUUUUUCAUGCACGACAUUCUAGGGGGCACGAACCCGUCGGCGCGCAUCGUGGCCGGCAUCGUCGACAACACUGCGGUCACCGCCCAGCUUCCCUUCGCGCGCCCCAACGGCGCCGUGCUCCCCUUCAAUAGCGGUGUCAACGUCAACUCCGGCGCGGCUGGCGCCAUCGACAACAACAACAUCCCCUUCCUCACGGGUCUCGGCGGCGCCACCAACGCUGCUAAGUCCAUCAACAACAAUAACAACAACAACGGCGUCCCUGUCUUCGCCGGCGGCAGCCUCCCGCAGGGCACCACGCUGCAGAGGCUCCUCUUCGGGACCAUGACGGUGGUCGACGACGAGCUGACCGAGGCGCCUGAGCUGGGGUCCGCGGCGGUGGGCAGGGCGCAGGGCUUCUACAUCGCCAGAUCGGAGGAGGGCGUGAGCCAGACGGUGGUGGUCACGGCCAUGUUCAAGGAAGGGGAGUUCGCGGAUACCAUCAGUUUCUUUGGCGUGCACCGCACGGCGGACUCGGAGUCGCACCUCGCCAUCGUCGGCGGCACAGGGAAGUACGUCGGGGCGAAGGGCUUCGCCAAGGUGGCCGUGGUGAGACCCGGAGGGGUGGUGGCGUCCGGCGCGUUGCUCGAGACCGACGGCGUCGAGACCGUGCUCCAGUUCACCGUGUUCCUCAUGUAGCUGCAACCUUGCACGACUGCACGUAAUAUGGUUAAGGAGCGGAAAGUGCGUACAACGGUACAACUGAGGUUGAUGUGAAUGCCUUCAAUUGUUUGAUACUGCAAUGAGUUGCAUGCAAAACUUAAUGUACUGUUUGUGAAUCUGUGCUUUGCAUUAU